AUGUUCGUCUUUGCCACCGUGACUUUAGCCCUCCUCAUAGAGUCCACCCUCUCAAAGCAACCAUCAGCCCCCGAAGCAUAUGCAUCUCCACUCAGAGACCUCCGCUUCGGGCAGCUAAACUUCUUACACACCACGGACACCCACGGCUGGCACGCCGGCCACUUACUCGAGCCGUCUUUCAGCGCAGACUGGGGAGACUACGUCGACUUCGCGGCACGACUAAGAGAGAAACUCGAAGCAGAAGGCCGAGACCUGUUGAUUGUCGAUACGGGAGAUCGUAUCGAGGGCAAUGGUCUCUAUGACGCAUCGGAGCCCAAAGGGCUGUUCACGUUCGACAUCUUUCGCGAGCAGCACAUGGACAUCAUCUGCUCGGGCAAUCACGAGCUCUACCAACAGAAUUCGUCCGAAAAUGAAUAUCUGAUCACUGUCCCGGCCUAUGCCAGCAGUUACCUUGCUUCCAAUCUCGACAUCCUUGACCCAAAUACCGGGGAACUGGUCCCCCUUGCCCCCAGGUACAAAAAAUUCACCACGAAGAAUCAAGGCAUUCGUAUCGUGAGCUUCGGGUUCCUCUACGAUUUCAACGGAAAUUACAACAAUACCGUGGUCCAGCGAGUCGAGAAGACAGUUCGAGAAGCUUGGUUUCAGGACGCAAUCCGCGAUCGAGAAGUUGACCUGUUCGUGAUCAUUGGCCACGCCGCUGUACGAUCAGAGGAAUUCGAAAUCGUUUACAGGGCCAUUCGUUCAGUCCAUUGGGAUACUCCCAUCCAAUUCUUCGGCGGCCACUACCAUAUCCGGGACUACCGCAAGUUUGACACCGGCUCCUACGGCCUUGCCAGCGGUCGCUUUAUGGAGACUAUUGGCUUUCAGUCGAUCGACGGUCUCUCUACAAAUACCAGCCGUUCCGCAAGCGCAAAUCCCACGUUCUUCAGAAGAUACAUCGAUAACAAUUUAUACUCAUUGUACCACCAUUCUGGUCAUAAUGAAUCGACAUUCCAUUCCGAGCGCGGCCGAAACAUUACGGAAGCAAUCGGGGAAGCUCGCGAGGCCCUCGAUCUGGAUAGAACCUUUGGCUGUGCUCCAAAGGAUCUGUGGAUGAGUCGAGCGCCUUAUCCAAGCAACAAUAGCAUCUACUCGUGGCUGGAGCAAGAGGUGUUUCCCGGCAUUGUAAGCGACACCAGACGGGUCGAUAGGCCCCGCCUCGUCAUAUCGAACACUGGAGCAAUCCGAUUUGACAUCUUCCAAGGACCAUUUACCAAGGAUUCGACCUAUAUUAUCAGUCCGUUUACAAGCGGAUUCCACUAUAUCAAGGACGUGCCUUACACUAAAGCCAAACAUCUCAUCAAUAUGCUGAACCGCGGGGGGCCAAUUUUUGAGAAUGUCGAUCAAUCAUAUGCCAUGUGGAAAAUGGCCCCUCCCGAACAAAUUGGUGUGAAAGAAGACAUCAUCUCAUCUGAUGACAAAAAUGGCCACUCGCAAAUCUCUCUCUCGGAUGAUGGUCGCAACAGUCUGACGCCGGGCUACACCACGCACGACGACUUGGGUAACGAUGGAGAUGAUACGAUCCAUUCCCCGAUAUCCUUCUACGUCGUCCCCAACUGUAUCCAGUCAACCAUCAACCCGCAACCAAACAGCAUAAACCUCGACAAAGACCAAGAUGUUGUCGUGGACGUCGUCUUUAAUGAAUUCAUCGAGCCAUGGGUCAUCUUAGCCUUUAGGUUCCUGGGGCUCGAAUACUCGGACGACGACGUGGACCAGUAUAUGCCCGGAGACAAUCUGACGACCUUGAUCGCCAAGUGGGUCGCGGAGAAUUGGAAGGUCAAUUGCAAGGUGUGA